ACACUUGAUCUCAUAUCCAGAUAUUAUUCGCCUGAAUCAUCGGAUCAGGUAUCUCACGUUUUUGAUCCUCACACAGCGGUUGGUAUUGCUGCCGCCGAGAAAAAACAAAAGAAAGGCGUAAUACAAAUCUGCUUGGCAACGGCACACCCGGCUAAAUUCUCAAAAGCAGUAGAAACAGCUCUUAAAAAUGUACCUCGUUUCAAUUUUGACGAGAUUCUUCCACCAGAAUUUGUCGGUUUAUUAGAGAAAGAGAAGAGAGUUGUUCUCGUAGAGAAAGCUGAUCCUGAGCUGAUUAAAGAGGUCAUUGAGAGAGAAAUGAGGGCAGAGUUGAGUUGA